AUGGAGAUUUUUUUCGAACUCCUCAUCAUUGUUGGUCUCUCUGUUCUGGUUUCUUUCAUUCUCGCCGAGCUUCUUUCAAUGGCGUCGGCUUGCCACGUUGUUGAGGAAGAUGUUGUGAUGACAUCAUGUAAGGAUGAGAUCCAAAGAAAACACGACAAAAAUUCUGUGCUUCGUGAUUUUGAGAGCGAGAGAAAAGUUCGAUGUUUUGAAGACUCGAUAAAAGUUAACGCGUGUGAAGCUGAAGAGUUUAUGAUCGAAAAAAUAGAAAAUAGAGGUAGCGAAUUGUCAGUGAUGAGUUAUAAUAGCGUGAUUCGCGAUAAUAAAGAGGUUUCUAGAGUCAUUGAAGUUGUUCUGUUGGAAAACAAGUCCACGGAAGUAAAAUAUGGUAAACUUGAUUCAGAAGAGUUGAAGGAAGAAAACGUCAGUGUCGUCGGGGAUGACGUAGAAGAGAACGUAGCUGGUGAAAGUUCCAAGACGGUGACGAUUCGUGAAAUUGCUAUAGAAUCGGAGAAUAUGGUUGAAGAAAGUCUUCAGAGCUCGAAUUUUCAUGAUAUUGAGAUUGACUUAAUUAAGGAUAAUGGGGGAAGUCAUAGUCAUGGAGCAAGCUGUUAUGCUGAUGAUGAUAAUGAUGAUGAGGAAGAGGGGUUGUUUGAUGAUUGGGAGGGGAUAGAGAGAAGUGAGUUGGAAAAGCGUUUUGGUACUGCGGUAGUGUUUGUGGGUUCUAAGAGCAAUGCUGCUCGUGUUUUGGGUCUUGGGAGUGAUGUGAACUUGCGGUUAUAUGGACUUCAUAAGAUCGCCAUUGAAGGGCCUUGUCUUAUGCCGCAACCGAUGGCAUUGCAGGUUUCUGCUCGUGCAAAAUGGCAUGCUUGGCAAAGGCUAGAGAACAUGAGCAGAGAUGUGGCCAUGGAACAAUAUAUUGCCCUUCUUUCAAGGAGCAUUCCUGGGUGGAUGGGAGAUGAUCUGAACAACCUGGUAUUCAAAGUGAGAGAAAGUCAGAAGAAUUGAAGCCUCGUGUUGAAGAAUGUGGUGCAAUAGGGGUUGAAGCUCCAACUGUAUAGACAAAGUAUAUAUUCGUAUUGAUGUUGUUCCAAUUUUUUUAUACACUUAUUAUCUUUGUUGGAGGUAAUCCAUAUUUGAAUAACUUU